CCUAAAAGAACGAACUCUUAUCUACACAGGAAUAUCAGAAAAAAUGCCACCCGGUAGUUUAAACCUUGGAACACGCUCGAAGCCAGCGAACCCAGCGCGGUCUACCCGAAAUACAGCCUUCCUGAGUAUCUUCGGCGUUAUUGCGACCGGGUAUGCGCUGCUGCGAUAUCAAACUCUACGGAACGGACUUUUAGAAGAGGAGGAUGUUGCACAUUCCACGGGGGAGGCGAAGAUUGGACGGUCCAAGUUUGUUUCGCAGAAAGAUGUAAACGCCACGAUGGGAGAUCCACCAACUGGGCAGGGUCAUGUUGCGCGGUCGCCGAGGAAGGCGUCGAAUCGUGAGGACUUUUGACAUUGUUAUAACAUGAAUCAUAGUACCAGAAGCUAAGGGAACAAUAUCCACAAGGGAUAUAAAAAGUACAAUGAUAGUUCCAACGGCACCAUCAUUAGAUAUUCAGCCUUCUAAUUUCAGAUUGGCAAAUAAACCCCGCAUCGAUUGCC